AUGGCCUUGAAGAAAUGGCUCGAUGCAAUUCAGAACGAAAAGCUUUCCAAGUUAGCUGAAAAUGACGUCGGUCUCAAGAGUUUAGAAGAAAAACGGUUAAAUCACGAUAAAAUAAGAAAAUGGGAAGAGGAUGAAAAGCAGUAUGCUUUAGGCCUCUAUUAUAAAUCUCCGAAAGCUUAUAAAUAUUUAAAGGACUCUAAAGGUCAUGCUUUACCAUCUAUUUCUUCUAUUCGGAAGUGGGUUAACGUAUUAAAUCUAAAAGCGGGUAAAAACGAGCAUCUUUUAAAGCAAUUAAAAAUUAAAUUAGAAGGUAAAUGCGAUUUUGAGAACGAUGCCGUACUAAUGUGGGAUGAAAUGAGUUUACGUCCCGGGCUCGAGUAUAAUCUUAAAGAAGAUUACAUCGAAGGAUACCACGAUUUAGGCGAGUACGGCGAACGCGAACCACAUAUGGCAAAAUCGGUGUUAGUAUUUUUAGUAACGGGAUUAACAUAUGAUUGGAAGCAACCGUUGAUUUAUUUUCCAACAAGCAGUCCAGUUUCGGGAAACAAAUUAACAGAAAUUAUUAGCGACGUGUUACAAAUAACUGAAAACGUAGGUUUUAAAGUUCGACACAUGGUCUGUGAUCAAGGAGCUACGAAUCAAAGAUCAGUUACUAAGUUAGGCAUUAAUAAAGAUAGACCAUUUGUUGAAUUUCAAAACCGUAAAGUCACGUUCGGAUUUGAUGUCCCACACAUUUUUAAAUGCAUUCGAAAUAACUUAAUGAAAAGUGACCUCUCAAUUAAAAAUGAAACCGUUUCUUGGACUGCCAUUCGUGAUUUAAGAGAAAUCGAGCGUUCAAAACCUUGUAAAGCAGUGCCUAAUUAA